GGCUGCUCCCCCACAGCUCCUAUGCCCUUUGUCCUCACCUCCCCGCCAUGGCCCACCCUUUGCUCCUCGCCCUCCUCAUCCUUCCGGGAGGCGUUCUCGUCUCGAGCGUGUGGGGAGUUGUCCGCAAUUACCGUGCGGCGCAGUCGGUUGGGCUGCCUAUCAUCUUCCUGCCUAUUAGCCUAACCAAUCUUCUCUGGAUGAUGCUUGUCCGGCAUGUCAUACCCCUACUCGAACGAGUACCUUUCGGAAGCGGCUACUUCACGCGCUUCUGCUACACGGGAUGGGAGUUCAAGGACAAGAGUCGAGCCCAUGUCGAGUUUGGCGAUGCCUUCAUCACGGUGACGCCGGGUAAGAACUGGGUCUAUCUGUGCAAUGCCGAGGCCGUCAGUGAUGUUCUUCGGCGCGAGCGACAGGGAGAGUUUGAGAGGCCGGUCGAAAUGCUCGCCAUGCUGGAUGUGUUUGGGCCCAAUCUUUCUACCGUCCACGGGCGAGACUGGCAGCGCCAGCGCAAGUGUACGGCAGCAAGCUUCAACGAGCAUAACAACGCCAUCGUAUGGACCGAAUCGCUCCACCAGGCUCGGCAAAUGUUAAACUACUGGAAAUCUGCCGGGGAAGCGGGCGUUCGCACUACCGCUCACGAUGUCCGCACCCUAGCGCUCGACGUUCUCCUCUCUGCUGGUUUUGGCAAAUCAUUCAGCUUCACGGCCGCCCAGUCCAAAACUAGUCCCUCCGGACCGCUCAGCUAUCGCGAUGCCUUGGCCCUAAUUCUGGAGAAUGCCGUCCUCAUCUUCGCGAUCGGUCCAAGAGUCCUACAGCGCCUGUAUUUUGUCCCAGGUCUGGGCAGGCUCGCUCAGGCAACUGUCGAAUUCAAGCAGUACAUGAUCGACCUUAUAGACCAGAGUAAACAUGAAUCACAUGUACGGGACACGCAGGCGAACCUCCUGACCUCUCUCGUUCGAGCGGCCGUCCAGGACAAGCAACUGUCGCAAGACGAGGUGCUAGGCAACAUGUUUGUCUUCAACUUUGCCGGUCAUGACACCACUGCAAUCACGCUCGCCUACACAUUCAUGCUACUAGCCGUAUACCCAGAAGUACAAGAGUGGCUAGCGGCAGAAAUCAACCAUGUUGUGAAAAGCGACGACAUUCAGCAAUGGGACUACGAUAUCUUCCCAAACCUUCCUCGCACGCUGGCCGUCCUACUUGAAACAGUCCGCCUUUACGACCCCCUCCUCUCUCUCGUCAAAGUCUCCGAACAUCGAGCUGCUAUUCUUACUAUUGGCGACAAAGAGCACACCAUUCCCGCCGGCACACGAGUCCUACUGAAUCUCAACGCGCUACACACACACCCGAGAUACUGGGGCAAUGACGGGCACGACUGGCGCCCUUCGCGCUGGAUAAAGACCGUCCCAGGCGAAGGAGCAAGCGCCGGCGGCGAGGAGCUCAUCACCCCAGUCAAAGGGUCUUACUUACCAUGGGGCGAGGGUCUUCGGGCGUGUCCCGGCAAAAAGUUUGCGCAGGUGGAGCAUGUUGCUGUUAUGGCGGCUAUUUUUCGCGACCACUGUGUAAUGCCCGUCAAGGAGGCAGGCGAGGACGAUGCGGCGGCUCGGUUGCGUGUUUUGAAUGUUGUGAAUGAUUCGGGGAUGGUGUUGCUGCUGCAGAUGUUUCACCCAGAAAAGGCUGCCCUGCAGUGGAAGAAAAGAGCUUGACUGUUGAGAUAUAGGACUACAGAUGUCGUCGAGAACAGGCUUCUUCAUUUAAAUUGCUAGAACGGGGCAUGCGGCUUCUAAUUGGCUUGACUCUAAAAACGAUUGACGCACAAGAGGUAUCUCUACAAAUAUUGAAAGAUAAAAGAUUCUCAGGAAAACCGCCUUACUUACUGAUCUCCUACUAUCUUCGCUAAGGUCCUCCUGCCCCGCAUCGUCGCGACAACGCUUCUUGAGACAGAUAUCAAUAGAGGUAACAAGUAGUAUAUCGAUUACGGAUUACACUUUGAGCUCAUCCCUUCGUUGCGCUCAUACCUUAGCAUCGCUCAAACACGCGAUACAAUCCCUUCAGAUUUGCGACCUCCAUAACGCCCUUCA